AUGUCAUAUGACGGUCUCUUCCAGAGAAGUCCCGACGCGGUCAAGCUUCUUCACCUUGCCGUCUUUCUCAGCCCGGGGUCAAUUCCUUCUAUUUUUGAGAACAGAAUCGAGCUAGGGGUACCUGACUUCACUUUCGAGAUACCUGCUUCUAGAGCAGGUAUAGUUGAGAUGCAGUCAUUCGGCCUUCUAUGCUGGCUGGAUAAAUUACGCGGGGAGUUCGGAGAGCUCGGAGCUGCCGUUGGUGAGCUCGAAUCGUCAGGGUUUGUCAAGCUUGGUCGAAACCAAAACAAUGCUGCUGUCGAGAGCCUUGCGGUUCACUCUCUAGUUCGCGCUUUUAUUUGUUCGAAGGCAUCAGAAGAGAAUAUUCACGAGAGCCUAGCGACUACCUUUUUUCUUGGUGGGAAAUCACUUCGCUAUGGAACAAAAGGUUUUCGGUUGACUGAGCUAUGGAAGCAUACUGGUGAGCUCAGACGACUCCUUGUGGAGUUUCUUUCCUCAGUCCCGACACCAUUUUUUCAAGGUCCCGACGGUCAAUACUUUGUGCUAUGUGGAGCUGUGGCGCCUGUGUACGCCUAUACUUGCCGCCUGCUCGGCGAUUUGGAGGGAUCCAGCCGUUUUUGGGAUAUUGCAAUCAAGUACAGAGUCAUCGCUGAAACGGCAUGGCCAGAUACAGAGUUGCACAUGGAUGAGAUUUUUGAAGCGGCAAGAAUUGAUGUGAAGGUUGGAAGCUUCGGAAGAGGGAUAGAGCGAUAUGAGUUGUUUCUUGCUCAUUGUGAUCAAGUCUUCCCGGACAACGAUGAAAGAGCCGUCCAAGCCGCUGCCGCGCUCCGUGAAGCUCGAGAGACUUUUCGAAACAUUGAGCACAACUUUGGUCGGGCUAUCGUGGCACAGAGAGUCACGAAACAAAGACCCGUGGAACCGACGUUGGGCGAGGCGAUAUCAUCUCUUCACAAAGCCACGAAAAAUGGUGACAUAGAGGAGGUGAGGUUACUGCUCGAAGCUGGAGCAGACAUUGCUGCCCCAGAUGAAGGAUGGACGCCAUUACAUAUAGCCUCACGGUAUGGCCAUGUCAAUAUUGUGCUUCUUCUUUUGAAAAGAAAGGUGGAGAUAAAUCCUACAGAUAAUCGUGGUUGCACACCGCUGCAUCUAGCCUCUGCACAUGGAUGCUCACAAGAAGCAAGUUUGUUACUAGAGCAUGGAGCUGAAGUUGAACAUGAAAACUUUCAAGGUGAAACGGCUUUGAUAUGCGCAGCCCAAAGUGGCCAUGAGCUGAUUGUGCGCUACUUGCUACAACAUGGGGCCAACCUAGAUAUACAAGACUUCGGCGGCAGUACAGCACUUUCUCGAGCAUCAGGCCGUGGCUAUGAUACGAUCGUCGAGGUAUUACUGGAGCAUAACCCUAACUUGGAUUUACAAAACUCCACUGGAAGGACGGCUCUGGCCGAGACAGUUCAUGCAAAAAAAGAAAAAAUUUCUUUCAUGUUGAUAGGGCAUGGGGCUGAUCCAAACAUACAAGAUCAAAAUGGUUGUACUGCACUGCACUGGGCAGUGGGUUAUGGCCUGAGUAAAACCGUCAUCAUGUUACUGGAGAAUAAUGCUGAUCCAAAUAUGCAAAAUGGCAAAGGCCAAACGCCUUUGAUAACGAUGGUGGCUUUGUUGAGGCAUGGUACAGCGAUCCCCUUAUUGCUACUAUACCAUGGUGCUGAUCCAAACAUACAAGACAAAGAAGGUUUCUUUGCACUGUACUGGGCAGCUGAAAAUGGCAUGCAUGACACUAUCCUUGUAUUACUGGAGAAUGGCGCUGAUCCAAAUCUUCAAAAUGGCCAAGGACGAUCGCCCUUAAUGGUGUCAGUAAUGAAUCCAUUCAAUGAUGCAGCGAACAGUCUAAUGCUCAUAAAGUAUGGUGCUGAUCCAAAUAUGCAAAGUGCAGGUGGCUUUUUCGCACUUUUCUUUGCAGUUUAUUAUGACAGGAAUGAUCUCAUCCUCAUGUUAUUGGAAAAUGGUGCUGAUCCAAAUCUUCAAGCUGACUCAGGCCUAACAGCCUUGAUGAGAGCGGCCCUUUCAGAACAUGAGGCAGCAGUCUCUUUACUGCUGCAAUACAAUGCUCGGAUCGAUAUAAUGGAUAGUCUAGGUAUCACAGUUGAAGCUUGUGCAUGCCUUAAUCAAAGUAUAUUACGUCUUUUGUCGGAAGCAAGAGCGUCUUCCCUGACCCUUCAGAGCUCGGACCGCACCAAAAGUCUUGCCGAGAGUACAGAAAUUCUCAGCCAAAAUGACCAUGAAUCCCAUCAAACACAAGAGUAUGACGAGCAGAAAAGAGAGCCCAAGGACGUGGGCGGGAUGCUAGAAGGGUUGAGAGAGCAGCGCAGAGAGACUACAAGGACAAUGGGUGAAGCUUGGAAGCGUCUCACGAAGCGGCCAUGGAAAGGGAAGGGAAGAAUGGAGAGGAAGAAUGGUUAUGAUUUUUCUCAGGCUGAUGACGACGGUGAUAGUACUCAUCAUUCUUGA